AUGGAUUCUGAGCCUUUUUGGACUGCUACUCCCUCCCCUGGGGGCACCCUGUUUGUCCCCAAUGCUACCACACCCUGGCUGGGUAGGGAUGAAGAGCUAGCCAAGGUAGAGAUUGGUAUCCUAGCUACUGUCCUGGUUCUGGCCACAGGAGGCAACCUGGCUGUACUACUGAUUCUGGGCCGCCAGGGCCAUAAGCGCUCCCGCAUGCAUCUGUUCGUGCUGCACUUGGCCCUGACGGACCUGGGCGUGGCGCUUUUCCAGGUACUGCCUCAGCUGCUCUGGGACAUCACCUAUCGCUUCCAGGGCUCUGACCUCCUCUGCCGGGCUGUCAAAUAUCUACAGGUGCUCAGCAUGUUUGCUUCCACUUACAUGCUGCUGGCCAUGACGCUGGACCGGUACCUGGCUGUCUGUCACCCUCUUCGAAGCCUCCAGCAGCCCAGCCAGUCCACCUACCCUCUUAUUGCUGCUCCCUGGCUGCUGGCUGCCAUCCUCAGCCUCCCUCAAGUGUUCAUUUUUUCGUUGCGAGAGGUGAUCCAGGGCUCAGGGGUGCUGGACUGCUGGGCAGAUUUCUACUUUUCCUGGGGCCCGCGGGCCUACAUCACCUGGACCACCAUGGCCAUCUUUGUGCUGCCCGUGGUGGUGCUCACAGCUUGCUAUGGCCUCAUCUGCCAUGAGAUCUACAAGAACCUGAAAGUCAAGACACAGGCUGGCAGGGAGGAAAGAAGGGGCUGGCCCAAGUCCUCAUCUUCUGCCGCUGCUGCAGCCACUAGGGGGCUGCCUUCCCGGGUCAGCAGCAUCAGUACCAUCUCCAGGGCAAAGAUCCGAACCGUGAAGAUGACCUUUGUCAUUGUGCUGGCCUACAUUGCUUGCUGGGCACCUUUCUUCAGUGUCCAGAUGUGGUCUGUGUGGGACGAGAAUGCCCCUAAUGAAGAUUCUACCAACGUGGCUUUCACCAUCUCGAUGCUUCUGGGCAACCUCAGCAGCUGCUGCAACCCCUGGAUCUAUAUGGGCUUCAACAGCCACCUGUUGCCACGUUCCCUGAGUCGCCACACCUGCUGCAGGGGUUCCAAGCCCCGAGUGCACAGGCAGCUCUCCAACAGCAGUCUCACUAGCCGCCGCACAACACUGCUGACCCACACCUGUGGUCCAUCUACUCUCCGUCUCAGCCUUAACCUCAGCCUCCAUGCAAAGCCUAAGCCUGCAGGCUCACUGCAGGAUUUGGAGCAGGUGGAUGGAGAAGCCACUAUGGAGACCAGCGUCUUUUAG